AUGCACAGCUUCAGUGACGAUAGAAAGCACUCCGAGGUAGAGUAUGUCAAUUACGUUGACGAGUCCGGCUCUGACUUGCCAAAGUUCUCCGACAAGCUCCCGACCUCCGGAGAAAUCGAAGCUCGUAUCGAAGAGCUGGCCGAGAUCCACCAGGUCAACAGGCGAAAGCUGCAAUGGAAAAUGGACCUGAUGAUUAUUCCGUCCAUCUGUCUGCUUUAUGUUUUGGCCUAUCUGGACCGCAUCAAUAUGGGUAAUGCCAACGUCUAUGGGUUGGCAAAGGACCUCAACCUACACGGUAACCAGUAUAACGUGGCCUUGACUGUUUUCUUUGUUCCUUACUGUAUCUUUGAGGUUCCCUCUAAUAUUCUGCUCAAGCGCUUGAGCCCCCAUAUUUGGCUCCCAUGCUGUGUUAUCGGGUUUGGUGCCGUGGCUUUGUCCCAGGGAUUUGUUAAAAACUAUGGCGGGCUGUUGGCAACCCGUUUUUUGCUGGGUCUGCUGGAAACAGGUAUGUUGCCUGGGUGCACAUAUCUUAUUUUAUCCUGGUAUACUCGCGACGAGGCUCAGAAAAGAUACUCGUUCUUCUUCGGCUCCACCUGUCUUGCUGGCGCGUUUGGCGGCCUAAUCGCCUAUGGCGUCCACCAGUGGGAUGGUGCUCACGGCCUGCGAUCUUGGCAGUGGCUAUUUAUUCUUGAGGGUGCUAUCACGAUGUUCUGUGGAAUCUGCUUUUUCUUCAUCAUUGCAGACUUCCCUGAGACGGCUCGCUUUAUCAGUGACAACGAACGUGCAUUCAUCAAGGCCAAGCUAUCUCUUGACCAGGGUGACUCUCGACACGAAGACAGCUCGCUCAAGAACUACUUGAAGCCGUUCAAGGACCCCAAGAUUAUCCUGUCUGGUUUCGUCUAUUUCGGUUUGAUCAUUGGUGCCUAUGGCUAUACUUAUUUCGCUCCAGCAAUUAUCAAGACCUUCAAGUACUCCGAUGUCAAGACCCAGGUGUAUUCUAUUUUCCCUUGGAUCGCAACCUUCGGCGUUAGCAUGAUUCUGUCGUUUGUCUCGGACUGGACCAGAAUGCGUUUCCCCUUUAUGGCGCUCAUGAUUUUCGUCGGCAUUACUGGAUUCGCAAUGCUGUUAGGUUUUGAACCCGAUCAAGUUAACGCCCGAUACGCCGCUUGCUUCUUGAUUUGCAUGGGCAUGUACGCUGCUCUACCACUAUCAAUCACCUGGUUCACUUUGAACGUGGCUGGACAUUAUCGCAAGGCAGUUUUGUCUGGCUGGAUGAUUGGUUUCGGUAACAUUGGCGGUAUUCCCUCCACAUUUUUGUUCGAAACCAAGGAUGCACCAAAGUACGUCCGGGGUGUGGCCACCUGCUUAGCCAUGACCGGCUGGUCCUUCCUGGUCGGACUCCUGUACUUCUUCAUUCUGUACAAAGCCAACCGUCAAAAGCGCAGUGGCAAGGCAGACGCCAAAUGGGAUUCCAUGACUGACGAGCAAAAGAAAUUAGCUGGUGACUUGAACCCAAGCUUCAUCUAUUCCUACUAA